GAACAACCUGUUCCAGUUUUGAUUGACAUAUAAUUUUUGGUUAUGAUUUAUAUAAAUUCUAAUGUGUACAAAAAAGCAGUGAUGAUUUGGUUGAAAAUCGGGUAAUCCAAUCUCCUGCCAUGAAACGUAUCAUGAUUUUUGUGGGUAUCGUAAGUCUUCUCACUUUUUUAAGUUUGUCGAGUGCGAACAAGAGACACAGAAGAGGGGGACUAAAUGACGACUACAGAGGUAUAAUGAGCAGAGGAUUUUAUCCGGGACAUCCGUUUUGGCCUUGGCCACCUCCGCCUCCCCAAAAAAGACCAGACAGCAGGUCCGGAGAUCGAGGGGGAUCAAGAGGUAAACCUGGAGGACAAGAUCGUCAAAUAGGAAGACGUGGAACAAGAGGAGAGGCAGGAGGUCAAGGCGGAGCACGAAGUGGAUCUGGAGGUCAAGGAGGUGCAGCAGGUAGAUCAGGAGGAGGGCAAGGGGCGUAUGGAGGAAGUGGAGGAUCCGCCAGGAAGUAAAGAAACAAUACUGAUCAUUCGAGAUACCUGAUUUAAAAUAUACCUUAUUUUGAUAGACAAUCAUUUUUUGGUUAACAAUUUAUUUAAAAAUUAUGAUUCGGAUGUGUCAGUAAAAGUUGCGACAGUUUUGUAAGAAAAUGGGUAAAAUAUAAGUCAGUAGUCAUCAUGCCCUGCCAAAAAUGAAAGACAUACUCAUCCUCGUGGGAGUCGUCGGACUUCUUGCCCUCGCUAGGUUGGCGAAUGCAAGAAAAAGGCACAGAUUUAAAGGAUUUGGUAAUAGAGGAUUAAUGGAUGGAAGCUAUUUCCCAUGGUUCCCAUUCUGGCCCUUUGGUGGUCCCACCAGACACGAAUAUUGGAGAAGACCCAGACGUAGAUCAAGAAGCCACAGUAGAAGUAGGAAUUGGCCAGUUGGUCCACCACGAAUAGGAGGUGGGGGAGGACCGGGUAUGUCAGGAGAUUAUAGCGGUUCGGAGUGGCCAUUUCCAGCAAGGCCACAAAGUCCGGCAAAAGUAAUAAGUAAACCUGGAGGUCAUAGUGGCAAGAAAAGUGGAUCAGGAGGCAAACGGACAGCAAAGAGUGGAUCAGGAGGGAAAGGAGGACCGAAAAGUGGGUCAGGAGGUAAAAAAAUAUCAAAAGAUGUAUCACCAAGGAAAGUGAGCGAAAGAGGUGGAUCAGGAGAGAAAAUCGUAUCAGGAGGAAAAGGAGGAUCUGGAGGGAAAGGAGGUGAAAAAGGUGGGUCGGGAGGAAAAGGAGGUGAAAGAGGUGGAUCAGGAGGCAAAGGAGGCGGUGGAGGUGGAUCGGGAGGGAAAGGUGGUGUAUCUAGAGGUGGGUCAGGAGGUCAAGGAGGUGCCAGAGGUGGAUCGGGAGGUCAAGGAGGUGCCAGAGGUGGAUCAGGAGGUCAAGGAGGUGCUGGAGGUGGAUCAGGAGGUCAAGGCGGAGCCAGAGGUGGAUCGGGAGGUCAAGGCGGAGCAAGAGGUGGAUCAGGAGGUAAAGGAGGAGCAGGGGGUGGAUCGGGAGGUAAAGGAGGAGCAGGGGGCGGAUCAGGAGGUCAAGGAGGACAAGAAGGGCAAGGAGGUCAAGGCGGAUCUGCCAAGAAGUGAUGAACAAAUACUGACUAUUUAGAAUACCCAAUUUAAUAAAUUAUAUACGUGUAUAUUAAAUAAAAAAUUUGUUUUCAACA